CUCACCAGAACAAACAUGAGGAGCGCAGCCAAGCCCUGGAAUCCGGUCCUCAAAGCGGGCAGCCAUGGGACAGACAGGGCGCGGCCCCUCCCGGCGGCGCCCUCUGGCAUGAAGAGUUCGAAAUCUUCUACCUCGCUGGCGUUUGAGUCCCGGCUCAGCAAGCUCAAGAGGGCCAGUAGCGAGGACAUGCUCAACAAACCGGGAAGUACCGCCGCUUCCGGGGUGGUUCGACUGAAAAAGACUUCAACAGCUGGAGCCAUCUCUGAGCUUGCAGAGAGCCGCCUGCGGAGCAACCCAGGGGCCGUGCCAACAACCAAACGGACAGGCAUUCCAGCUCCUCGAGAACUUUCAGCAACUGUCUCUAGAGAGAGAACUGUGCCAAGCGGUCCCUCCAACCCCAGGAAGCCGGUGUCCAGUCCAACUUCUUCCAGCACGCCCACCCCUACUAAGCACCUGAGGACCACUUCCACGAGACCCAAGCAAGAGCCUGAAGGCGGGGAGAAAGCUGUGCUCGAGUCCCAGGUUCGGGAACUUCUCGCUGAAGCCAAAGCGAAAGACAGUGAAAUUAACAGGCUUCGAAGCGAACUGAAGAAAUGAAAGGAAAAAAGGACUCCAGGCACCGAAGGAGCUGAGGCUUCAGAUGCCAGCCCAGACAGAACCUCCUCCUUGCUGGGUGACUCAGAACCCCUGAUAUGCACUCUAGAGGAGAAAAACAAGAGUUUCCAGAAAGAACUUGCAGAGCUCGAGGAGGAGAACCGGGCCUUGAGGGAGAAACUAACUUACCUGGAGCAUUCCCCAAAUUCAGAGGGGGGCGUGAGUCACACCGGGGACAGCAGCUGCCUGACGUCCCUAACUCAGGAGUCAAGCUUAGGCAGCCCGACGGGGCAUCAGUAGUCCAGGGACAUCGAGGAGUCCGCGAACAGCAGACAUGGAAAUGCAUUACGGACAUGGGGCUCUUUGAGCAGCGACCUUACCAAAGCUUCUCUGUCCCCCGAUGCCUCCGAUUUUGAGCACAUUGCAGCAGACACCCCUUCCCAGCCCCUGUCCUCCACCAACAACCCCUUUAAGGGCUCCAGGUGUUCGACCAGCGGCAGUUCCCCUAACAACGCGAGCGAGCUGUCCCUGGCCUCCCUCACGGAAAAGAUCCAGAAGAUUGAGGAGAAGCAUCACAGCACGGCUGAAGAGCUCCAGGCCACUUUGCAGGAACUGUCCGACCAGCAGCAGAUGGUACAGGAGCUGACCGCUGAAAACGAGAAGCUCGUGGAUGAGAAGGCGCUCUUAGAAACGUCCUUCCACCAGCACCGGGAGAGAGCUGAGCAGCUUAGUCAGGAAAACGAGAAACUCCUGAACCUCUUGCAGGAGCGGGUGAAGAACGAGGAGCCCGCGGCGCAGGAGGGAAAGAUCCUCGAGCUGGAGCAGAAGUGUGCGGAAAUCCUGGACCAGGGCCGCUUUGAAAGAGAAAAGCUGCUCAACAUCCAGCAGCAGCUGACCUGCAGCUUGCGGAAGGUCGAGGAGGAAAACCAAGGUGCUUUAGACAUGAUUAAACACCUGAAGGAAGAAAGAAAACUGAAUGGGUGUCUGGACCUGGAGCGGCGGAAUAAUGGCGCAAUGGCCAGUCUGGGGGAGUGCAGAGCCACACUCGAAGGGCUGCGGAUGGAACACGGGUCGCUGAAGGCUCAUUUGGAGAACGAGAAGCAGAAGGCUACGGAGACCAGCCCUGUGGGGCACACGGCCGAGGGUCGUGAGGUUCAAGAGAUGUCGAGGGUUGCUCGCGCCGAGAAGGAGCAGCUGGAGCUGUCUUGCACCGAGCUCAAGCAAGAGUUAGUGAAGGCCUACAGUGAAGUCAAACAUGUUUCGAGCCUGCUGGCCAAGGUGGAAAAGGAUUAUUCUUACUUGAAGGAGAUAUGUGACCAUCAGGCAGAACAACUGAGCCGAACCAGCCUGAAACUGCAAGAGAAAGCAUCGGAGAGUGAUGCAGAGAUUAAAGACAUGAAGGAGACCAUAUUUGAAUUGGAAGAUCAGGUGGAACAGCAUCGGGCUGUCAAGUUACAUAACAACCAGCUCAUCAGCGAGCUGGAAAGGAACGUGAUGAAGCUGGAGGAGCAAAAGUCAGACCUGGAAAGGCAGCUCAAGACCCUAACUAAGCAGAUAAAGAUAGCCUCUGACACCGGCGUGGCUUCUGGCAUUUUCAGGAGGAGACAGGAAUGGCGGCGCUUCCAGGCAGACCUCCAGACGGCGGUGGUGGUGGCCAAUGACAUCAAGUAUGAGGCCCAGCAGGAGCUGCGCGCUGUGAAGCGGAGGCUGCUGGAGGAAGAGGAGAAGAACGCCAGGCUGCAGAAGGAGCUGGGGGACAUGCAGAACCACAGCAGUUGCGUCCUGAGAACUCAAAAGGCAUUCUUGGUUCAGCCACAGCCAAAGAACUUGCAGAAAAUUCCCUGAUGGGGUCCUCCAGGUACAACCAAGAGCAGGUAAGAACGUUCGAAAAAGAACCUUGAUCCUAACGUGGGAUUAGCCGAUUUGUGUUCGCACUUUGGAAAUACAGGCAUUUGAGGGGAUGUAGUCAGGCUUGUAGGUGGGCAAAUGACAGGGCUUGGCAUGUAUACAGAUUAGCCUUUAUUACCAAGAACUCAGCAGCUAAGACAGUGUGGAACAUUAUUUAACCUAGGAUUUUAGAAAAUUCUAGAAAAAAAAUUAGCACAUUAGCAGUCUUCAUCCUAUUACAUUUUCAAAAGGAUUUUUGUUUUGGAAUGAGAAUUACCGAUGUGAAGAGUAGAUGGGGAGACGAGGCUCUAGUCCUGUCUUUGCCAUGAACUAGCAAGAAUUCCUUCCCAGACCUAGCUGCUCCCUCCCUCAAAUGAGGAGAUAGGAUGGGUCAUGAUUGAAGACCCCCAGAAGCUCCUCUGUUCCCUGCGACUAAUUGCUCAGCUGACCUUUCUCUGAUGGGGGCAUCAAGAACUCACAUGCCCCCGUACCGUCUGCCCAGUGCAGUCCUUGGAACCUCCCGGACACCAUGGCAUAUGCACAUUUUAGCUGGGCCAUAUACCUCCUCUUUCUCUUCCAGAAAUUUGAACAAGCCAGUGUAGCUUUCAUGGACCUGGAAGUGAUCUGUUUUGCUGGACACUUACAAAUUAAUGGAUGAAAGGAUAAUGAAUAAUUUUUUCAACUCUGGCUUCUUCCAUUCUUGAGCCAUUAAGAGCAAGCCUUAUAAUUCAAACUUCCACCAAAGUUAAAACAUCAAGCCAUUUUCCAGGAAAGUUUCCAGGACAGUUGAGAGCUGGGGCCUCGCCUCCAGAUACAGAGAACACGCACACGCAGCUCCCCUCAGUGCCUUGAUGGGCCACACGAAGGACAUUGUUGACCUGCAGGGCAUGACACAGGUUUCUCGAAAGUAACAGGGGAAGACUGAUAUGCAUUUUCUCUCUCAUUCUGAAACACUAAAGACAGUUAUUUUUAGGGUGACUUAACUCGAUUUUUACCGUUCAUCCUAUAACAGCAUAAACAUCCAUGGGAAACAUCUUAAAAGAAAGAGAUGGUUAAAUAAGUACUAAACAUCGGUACAUAAUUAGCAGUAGGAGCUUCUAAGAAGGACUGAGAUUCAGAAUGUGUCUAGCUAGUCCCACUGGUUCCUGCAUGGUCACCUCUGAAGCAAGCAGCAUGGUGGCCCAUCACUGCCAGACUCUUCUGAAAUCGGCUCUAACUCUGUGUGCACAAUGUAUCCUGACCUAGUGUCGGUCGCCUGCCUGUGCCACCCUCUGUGUCCUUACCGCUGCCGUGUGUCACAGCCCCGGGCUGGGGGUUCUGGAGCUGUCACUGAAAUGCUGAGUGUGGGAGCUGGCGGUGUAGUUUCUCGGGGUCACUGAGAUACCCCUUCCAGCUCUCUUCUUGCAGAUGCUUUGAUACAACAUCCCUAGCCCUGCCAGAAGGGGACCAGUCCUCUUGGGGGUUCCUAACCCGAGCCUCAGGGGCCCUUGACACUUUCACCCUCAAUGUGGAAGCUGGCCCUCUGGGCUCCCAGCACAGCCCUUUGACGCCUUCUGUUUUCAUAGCUGGCAUCCUCGUCGCUGGCAUUGGACACAGAGCCUGGAAUCACAGUGAGCUGUGUCUGCUCCCCUGCUUCCUAUCCUCACAGACUUGCUUUGAAAAGCGUGGACAUGAGCUUCCCCUAGGCCUUUAGGACCGCUAUGUCUCAAUACUGAAAGAAAUCCUUUUUUCUGUUUUUUUUGUUUGUUUGUUUUUUUGCCUUGACUCUAAGUUAGCAGAGGGAAGCUCGAGCCACUCCGAAAAUCACAGAGAAGCCUGGUUUUGUGCACCCUGGCCGUCUCCACUUACCCAGUGCAGUCAUCUGUCAGAGAAGGUCUAGGGAGAGGAGCCCAGCAGUGGUGUCUUGAAGUCCUUGGCAUGUUCUCUGUCUAAAGACCUUUGACUUCCCAAAAAAAUUUGGAGGAGUAGGAAUUAAAACAUGCUGGUCCUGUUCUAGAUAUUAGGUCUUCCCCAUGGGUCAGUGGCCACUGUUAAUUCUUCUGUUUGUAGCCUGAGAUCGUGUUGCCUCAAGUAACUCCUUUACCAGCCUCUCCCCCCUCCAUUUCUGUUUCCACAGCUCCAUGGUCUCUGUCAGCUAGCAGAGCAUUUGCUGGAAGAAAGACAGCCCAGCCCUUGCCAUGAUGGGAAACUACAGCCAUUUCUAUAUGAAGGGGGGAAUAAUGUGGGAGAGAAAUUACCUCUUUACAAAGAGCCAGAUUGUCGCCGUGUAACAGCCACUGUUUCAUGACAGAGUCAUGGCGAUCAAGUCUCUUUCCCUUUUUUUCUACAUUUUGGAAUCAACCCAUUGCACAAUCAAAGAUGAUCCUUCCCUCUUUUUUCCCCCCUUCUUUCUUUUUCUCAGAAGAUUCGGCAGUCUUUUGUUUGGAGCAUAGAUGAAGUUCUUGAAAAAGACCAAGUACAAGCAUGGUGUGAAACUCACUUUUUUGUACGCAGCUAGGGUGUGCAGCGCGCUGGUGAAUGUGGCCCGUGCCUGUGUCUUACUUUUUGGAAUUUAUUUCUGUGUUUCCUCUUGAACAUGGUACCUGAUAAUCCUGGCAUUAACACUACUUACCGCAAACCAGGAAGCCGUCUGUGUCCCAUCUGGUUCUGAAGAAGCUAGCGGGUUCUGCUUCCCUUCUAUCAAGUCCCGAACGAGCCCUUUCCAACUGGGGUCUGAUGUCAUUACCUCAUCCAAAACAAGCCACCACUAAGUCAGGGUUGGAUUUCCAGAAUCUCCACUGGGCUCAACGCAAACUGAUGUUUGGCUGACCAAAAAGGAUGUAGUCGAGCCGGUUUGUUUACGUGGUGGCCGUGCCCUUGGGAAUCAGACUAAAAAUUAAGGAACAACUACAACCAGCGCCUCAGGAAUAAAACUUAACCCAGAAACUGAAAGGCUUUGAAUCCAGAAGUGGAUGAUUCAGAAUGGUCCAGAGUUCAGAGUGGGAUGUUGAACUUGGGAAGUACAUUAUUUGUUGAGAUCUGCACCUAAUUCAGUGGCUCCACGAGGCCCGGCCUCCCUCGGCUCUCACUCCAGGAGCAACCGUGCCCUUCAGAUGGUGGCGGGUCUUCGCUACAUGUCCCCAGGAUGCGACAGGAGCUCCUGUCUGGUGGGAGGGCGUGAGGAACAGGAAGGCUCUUUAACGCAGGAGGACAGCUUGCCAUGUCCAGCUGGAGAGCCCAGAAUCCCUAGAAAAAUUUUGUCUGGUGGUAAAAGAGAGGAGAUCGGUUCCUCUUCUGUGAAAAUGGCUUUGACGCUCUCUGGCACUGUCCAGUACACCUACUGGGAGCUCUUUACCACAGACUGAGAUUUUCUUGGAAUGAUCCCACAUUUCACUUACCAGGUGUUUGCAAACGUAAACAAAAGGAAAAUCGCCUCCACUUCAGAUACACAGUUGUACUCUCAUUGAGUAUCCCGAUCUGCCUGUAGUCUGGGUACCGUUAAAUAUUUUUAUACGUAGGCAUUCAUGAAGUGCUAAAUAAAUACAUUAUUAUUCAGAA